AAAACAUCCAUCCAUGGCGGAUCUCGUCGCUGUCAAGACUUUUAUUUAAUUCUGUUUCAAUUAUGAAGCACCUUCAAUGAUUUUGAGUGGGCUUAUAGUGUGGAAGUGAUCGUGCGGUGGCGCGGCGCGGUGCCGGUGAUCCGGUUGUGUCAGCGCCAUGUUCAGCGGAACGGUGCGCGUCAAGGUGUGUGAGGCCACGGGCCUCAGGCCGACUGACUUUCAGAAACGGCACAACAUGACCUUCGGGAAACCAGACGACCAGCCGAUAGACCCGUACGUGUCGAUCGACGCGGACGAGCACCACCUGGAUCGCUCCACCACCAAGCCCAAGACCUUCGACCCCGUGUGGAACGAGACCUUCAUCCACGAAGUGCAGAACGUCGCCAGCUUGGGGAUCACUGUAUUUCACGAUGCCGCCAUACCUCCAGAUGAUUUUGUUGCAAACUGCACAAUUCCUUUUGAAGAUUUAACUCAUCGUGAUAAAGAUGCCACAGACUUUUGGGUGGAUCUAGAACCUCAAGGAAAACUGCAUCUGAAAAUAGAUCUGAAAUGGAAUUCUCAAGGCUCGGGCGGCGGCGGCGAGGCGGCGCGGGCGCCGGCGGGCGGCGCGGCGCGCGGGCGCGAGUUCAAGGAGGGCGCCGGCUUCGCGCGCCGCCGGGGCGCCAUGCGCCGCCGAGUGCACCAGGUCAACGGACACAAGUUCAUGGCCACCUUCCUGCGCCAGCCCACCUUCUGCUCACACUGCCGCGAGUUCAUCUGGGGUCUCGGAAAACAAGGAUAUCAAUGUCAAGUUUGCACCUGCGUGGUCCACAAGCGCUGCCACUCGUCCGUGGUCACCAAGUGUCCCGGAAUGAAGGAAGAGCAACACAGCGCCGUGGGCGUGUCGGGCGGGCAGCGGUUCAGCGUGAACGUCCCGCACCGCUUCGUGGUGCACUCCUACAAGCGGUUCACGUUCUGCGACCACUGCGGCUCUCUGCUCUACGGCCUCAUCAAGCAGGGGCUGCAGUGUGAAGUGUGCUCUAUGAACGUGCACAAACGGUGCCAGAAGAACGUGGCCAACAACUGCGGCAUCAACACCAAGGCCAUGGCCGAGAUCCUCUCCGAGAUGGGCAUCUCCCCCGACAAGAACCCUCGCCCGAGGACCUCCAAGUACAACCCCGUGCUGAUGGAGGGCGGCGGCGGCGACGCGGCGGCCGACGCCGACAAGGAGCCGCUCGACAAACACGACGACAAAGUGCUGGACCUGCUCAUGUCAUCGCCGUACGACUUCGUACCACCCGCGUACGAUUUCGUACCCCCUUCGUACGACUUGGUACCCCUUUACGGCGAGUACAUACCUUCGGCGCCGAACGGCGGCGGCGAUCAUUGGGACGACCUGAAAGACAUAUUUACGUGCUACGAAGGCGGCGACAUGGCGGGCGCGCGCGACAAGGUGUCGCUCGAGGACUUCACCUUCAUCAAGGUGCUGGGCAAGGGCUCCUUCGGCAAGGUCAUGCUUGCUGAGAAGAAGGGCACCGAUGAGGUGUACGCAGUGAAAGUGCUAAAGAAAGACGCCAUCAUCCAAGACGACGACGUGGAGUGCACUCUGACCGAGCGGCGCGUGCUCGCGCUGGCCGCGCGCCACCCCUUCCUCACGGCGCUGCACUGCGCCUUCCAGACCAGGGACAGACUGUUCUUCGUCAUGGAGUAUGUGGAUGGAGGCGAUCUAAUGUUCCAGAUACAACGCGCGAGGAAGUUUGAUGAACCACGAGCAAGGUUCUACGCAGCCGAAGUGACAUUGGCCUUACAGUUCCUUCACGCGCACGGUGUCAUCUACCGCGACCUGAAGCUGGAUAACAUAUUACUGGACGCCGACGGGCACUGCAAGCUCGCUGACUUCGGCAUGUGCAAGGAGGGCAUACUAGAUGGAGCGACUACUACGACCUUUUGCGGUACUCCAGACUACAUAGCCCCUGAGAUCCUGCAAGAGCUGGAAUACGGUCCGUCGGUGGACUGGUGGGCGCUGGGCGUGCUGCUGUACGAGAUGCUGGCCGGGCAGCCGCCGUUCGAGGCCGACAACGAGGACGACCUGUUCGAGUCCAUCCUGCACGACGACGUGCUCUACCCCGUCUGGCUGUCCAAGGACGCCGUGUCCAUCCUCAAGGGCUUCAUGACGAAGAACCCGGCGCGGCGGCUGGGCGUGGCGGGCGGCGCGGGCGGCAUCCGCGCGCACGCCUUCUUCAAGGACAUGGACUGGGACGCGCUGCAGCAGCGCCGCCUGCGCCCGCCCUUCCGCCCCAAGGCAUGUAGCAAGCGCGAGGCGGUGAACUUCGACGCGGAGUUCACGAAGGAGGAGCCGGUGCUGACGCCGGUGCCGGCCGACGUCGUGCGCACCAUCAACCAGGAGGAGUUCCGCGGCUUCUCGUUCGUGAACUCGGACUUCACGCCGACGCCGGCGCCGGCGCCCGCGCCCGCCAACUGACUCCCGCGCGCGCG